UUUCAGAGAACAGCUAAAAGAAAACAAAGUAGUUUGAAAAAUAAUCUUGAUACAAACGCAAGCACUACUGUCUGAAUAACCUGUGAAAUUUAUGCGUUUAGAGUCUUUUAGCAUAGUUUACUUGGUACAUAUUCGGUGAACGGCGAUAAAGUGUUCAUUUUACUUUUUUUAGGAGGAAGCAGGUUGAGCCGAACUGGAGAGGGCACAGGGGCAGUACGGACAUGGCAGCCAAUAAGACUAAGGGUCAGAGCUCUCUGGCUCUGCACAAGGUCAUCAUGGUGGGCAGCGGAGGGGUGGGAAAAUCAGCCCUCACGCUGCAGUUCAUGUAUGACGAGUUUGUAGAGGACUACGAGCCCACAAAAGCAGACAGUUACAGAAAGAAGGUGGUUUUGGAUGGAGAUGAGGUCCAAAUCGACAUCCUGGACACAGCAGGACAGGAGGACUAUGCUGCUAUCAGGGAUAACUACUUUCGCAGUGGAGAAGGCUUUCUACUGGUGUUCUCCAUCACAGAGCAAGAGUCUUUCAGUGCCACUUCAGAGUUCAGAGAGCAGAUUCUGCGUGUGAAGUCAGAGGAGGAUAAGAUUCCCCUCUUGCUGGUUGGGAACAAGUCUGAUUUGGAGGACAGGAGGCAGGUGCCUGUGGCUGGAGCUCGGGAAAAGGCUGAGGAGUGGGGAGUUCAGUACGUGGAAACCUCGGCCAAAACACGUGCCAACGUCGAUAAGGUCUUCUUUGACUUAAUGAGGGAGGUGCGAGCUAAAAAGAUGGCCGAGAACAAAGACAAAAAUGGGAAAAGUGGCAAGAAGAAGAAAAGCCUGAAGGAGCGCUGCACGCUGCUUUGAGCCACUAGAUGGAGCCUUUCUGAUGGACACAGAAAACCUGAAAGCUGUGCUUCCACUGCUGUGGUUAGCUUCGCCAAACUCAGUCAUAAAUGAAAACUGUGAACCGGCUGUGGAUGGAUGCCUUCUUUGCUGUAUUCAGCAUGGAGUUCGUGUCUGUUAAGCAGUUUAAGAAUUUCUCAAGUGCUUUUGAUACUUUAACCUUGUUUUUUUUCUGCCACCAAAUGGGUGCCAUUGUAGAAAACUAGCAGGGCAUCUGUUAUCUGGGCAUUUGACCCAGAGGGGUUAUAUCCUAAUGACUUGCAUUCCACUAUCAGGUAUAGAAAUGGAUGACAGCUUCCAGUGCUAGCAUGUACACAUAUACACAUGAGAAAAUACUCCUUAUGCUGUGAUGACUGUCCUUCAGUACUUUGUAGUUUGUCAGCAGUGCAUUAAUAUGUACCACCACUGCGUUUUUUAUUUCAUAUUUUGUAUGAGCUCUGUUUUUGGGUUCCAUACCACCAUUAAGAUACAUCUUCUAUUUUAUACAAAUGAGCCAUGCAUAGUUUAGUAAUAUUACGUUAAAGGUGUUUUGAUUAGACGCGAUCUUGAUGAGUGCCACAGAACCUUUAGAGAAACAAUCAGAGGCUUUAGACUAUGUCCAAAAGUUUGCAGACACCUGUCUUCUGAGGUCAAAGGUAUUAAUAGGGAGAUUCCCCUGUUUGCUGCAGUGUCGGCCUCUUCUGGGAUGGCUUUACAGUCGAUGUUGGAACAUUUACUGUGAGGAUUUGAUUGCAUUCAGCCACAAGAGCAUUCGUGAGGUCAUGUAUUGAUGUUUGAUCAUUAGUUCUGGAUCACAAAUGUCACUCCAACUAACUCCAGAGAUACUGGAUGUAGCUGAUGCAGUACCAUUGCUCCACAGCCCAAUGCUGGGGUGGGGCUUUAUACUUUCAUACCAGGCUCUAGCUGACUGCUUGGCUUGGCAUUGGGCUUUGUUGAGCUGGCAGUGGUUUAUACAAGGUAAUAGUAGGUAUUUGAGCUUAAUAGAACACCUGUAUCAGCAAAGGGCUCACAUUAGAUUAGCUGAAUAUGCUAAAUAGACAGGCCGUCUGGAUGCUUUUGGACAUACGAUUUCUCAGUCUCAUAGCACAAACAUCAAGGUGUUGUAGUAGAAAGAGCAGCACUGAGCACACUCUUAACACUAGGAUUCUAUUUAGAGUGAUUGCCAGGGGAGGGAGGGGCUUCUCAGUUGUCUUGAUGACAAAAGCCAAAUACCAAGGAUGUCCAGGAGAUGAAGAAUUUAUAGACAAUUCAAUUAGUUGACAAUGUUGAAUGAUGUUAUCCGGCCAAUUGAGAGCCUCUACUUUGGUGUAAUACUGCCCAAUCCUGUAGUAGUAUUUUCACAGAUGUCACUAUGCAAGUCCACCAAAUGUACUGCUUUGAGUAUAAACCACAAGUCAUAAAAUUGUGGUAACCAUAUUUUUGUAAUGAAACCACUUUUUGUAUGAAUACCUGUUGAUAACAGACCAAAUAAAAUGUAUCUCUACUUAAAGUCAA